ACCAACCAUACAAGUCCCAGCAUCUUUCCCUCAUUUCGACCAUCUGAACUCCCCCGCUUUAACGAAGCACCAUCCGUACCAUCAGCAACCUAUAAAAUGAGAAUCUCCAUCUUCGCUGCUUUCGCUGCCAUUGCUGCUGUCGCCGCUGCUCAGUCGGCCAAGUGCAUUCCAUGUCCCACGGAUACUGAUUUCGCCGAUUCUGCUGCUGACACUGCUGUCUAUUCUGCCAGCGACUCUGUUGCUGACACUGGUUCUGAUGAUGCUGCAACUGGUGCCUCAGAGGUCGAAACCUCUGCUGAUACUGAUGCCACCGACUCUGCUGCUGACACUGACACUGACACUGCCGAUGCUGGCGCCACUGACGCCAGUGCUGUCUGAAAAAUAUACCAGCCUGCUGCAGUUACUCUACAUACUCGCUACAGUCUUAGAACACAAUAAACAUAUCUCACUAGCCA